AUGGGAAAAGCUACGAGGUGGCUCAUGGGUCUGCUUGGGCUUAAGAAAGAUAAAGAAAAAUUGGAUAAAAAUUCAAACUUUACAGUGAUGAAGGAGAAAAAGAAGUGGGGCUUUGCCAAAUCCGGCAAGGAGUCUGUGCCGUUGAACCGUAUUCCGGCGGCCAAGGACUCGGUUUGGCUGGGAUCUCUGAUUGCUGGUUCAGAGGAGGAGCAGAGCAAGCACGCUAUUGCGGUGGCCGCAGCCACCGCCGCCGCCGCGGACGCCGCCGUCGCCGCUGCUCAUGCGGCGGUGGCUGUUGUCCGGCUUACCAGCCAGGGCAGAGGUGGGUUUUUCACCGACGGCAGAGAGAGAGUGGCGGCUGUGAGAAUUCAGGCUGUGUUCAGAGGUUAUUUGGCCCGAAAAGCAUUACGGGCCCUGAAAGGGCUGGUGAAACUGCAGGCCCUUGUUCGUGGCUACCUGGUAAGAAAACGAGCCGCAGCAACUCUACACAGCAUGCAAGCCCUUUUCCGGGCCCAAGCCUCCAUUCGCUCCCAAAGGGCCCGUCGUUCGAUGAGCAACGACUACAGAUUCCAGCCUGAAAUGAGAGCCCGAAAGUCCAGCGACAGGUUUGACGAGACCCGAAGCGAAUUCCACAGCAAAAGGCUCUCGUCCUCUCACGACCCCUCCUCGAGCCCGAAAAUAGUUGAAAUCGACACGUGCAGGCCUCGGUUGAGAUCCCGAAGAAUGAGCACUUUCACGUCCGAUUAUUACGAUGAGCCAUAUUACCAGGCGAUUUCAUCUCCAAUCCCUUGCCCAAUUAUAUCAAUCCCUAGUCGCAAUCACAGCCAGGAUUUCGACUGGGGAUUUGUCCCGGAGGGCUAUAAAUUCGCCACUGCCCAAAAUACCCCUCGGCUCGGCUGCCCAACCACAAUGGCCAAGAGCGUUUGUGGGGAGAGUUUAUUCGGCACGUACUCGAACUGCCCGGGCUACAUGGCCAACACGCAGUCGUUUAGGGCAAAGCUGAGGUCCCACAGUGCACCGAAACAGAGGCCCGUUUCGGGCCCCAAGAAGAGAUUGUCGUUGGACGAGAUAAUGGCUUCGCGAGCUAGCUUCACCGGUUUUAGGAUGAAGAAGUCUUGCUCUCAAGUUGAAGAGGAUUUUGAAUCUUAA